AUGACUGUGGCGACACCUUUGGCGCUCUGGGAACUUGCCACCGCCACGGCUAUCGACGGCGACGACCUCAAGACGGAGACGAAGACGCUCAGGAGCAAGAUGAAGCAAUCCAGGUCCAACAUACACCCACUUGACAACCAAUACGGCGAGGCGCGAAUGGCCCUCAACGUUUCCGGCAUAGCGACGACUUCCUUACUUGAUUCUCAUGCUGCUUUCUGUUUUUGGACUGGCUCAUGUCCCGGGUUGGCUCUCGGCGAGUUUCGUUUCCCGGUGGCAAUAUGUUCUGAUGUUGUACCAGACAGCCUUCAAUGUCGCCAGUGGCGACAUGGAUGGGCAACGUGCAAGAGGGCAGGCGGGAGGGCAAGGCUGAAGAUGCAAGGUGGGCAAGAUUCAAGAUGGAAGGCGGGAGAGCAAGCCGCAAUCCGCAAGAUAGGCAAAGUUCAAGGUGCAAGAAGGGUGGUGGGAGGGCAAGACUCAAGCAAGGCAAGAGUGAAGACGGGCAAGACACAAGAUGGGUGGUGGGAGGGCAAGAUUGAAGACAAGCAAGAUGCAAGGCGGAGGCCGGUGGGCAAGAAACAAUGCGCAAGACGGGCAAGACGCAAGGUGAGCAAUCUAAAGCGCAAAUUGGGUGGUGGGAGGGCAAGAUGGAAGACGCAAGAUAGGCAAGGCGCAAGUCGUGUGAGGCGCGAGGUGCAAGAUAGCAAGAUCCAUGGCUCAACAGGCAAGAUGGAAGACGCAGCGCAGGCGAUACCGAAGGCACAAGACGAGCAGGUGAGCAAGAUUCAAGGCGCAAAUUGGGUGGCGGGAGGGCAAGAUGCAAGCGCAAGAUGGGAGGCUGGGGGGUUCAAGAUGCAACACGCAAGGAAGAUGCAAGAUGCAAGGCAAGAAGAUACAAGGCGCAAGAUGGGAAGACGCAAGACACAAGAUGGGAGGGAGGUGGGCAAAACGCAAGUCGAACGCAAGUCGAACGCAAGACGGGCAAAAUGCAAUAGGCAACGCUGUAUGGGCAAGAUUUCUGCCGCGGGGGGAAGACGCAAGAAUCCUGCUGAGCAAGGUUCAAAUCGCAAGGCCGGCAAGAUGGCUCAAGAUGGUCAAGGCGCAAGACCCAAGGUCAAGAUGACGCAAGAGCAAGAUUCAUGCGUAAGAUGGGAGGUGGUGGGCAAGGCGCAGGUAGGCAAGGCGGAAGACCCAGGACCCAAGACGGACAAGACCCAAGAUGCGCAAGGCUCGAGAUUCAGGAGAAGCAAGAUGCAAGGUACAAGGUCGGCAAUAUUUAGACGCAAGAUGGGCAACACUCAAGUCGCAAAACGGGCAAGCCUGAACACUCAAGUUGAAGAGAUGCAAGGCGCAAGAUGGGAGGUGGCGGGCAAGACCAAAGGCGCAAGGAGCAAGACGUAA